AAAAGUUAUGCAGGUGCUUUCCGUCUCACAGGAUUUCAAUAGAUGAUAUUCGUGAGUGGAUGAAGGACGAGUCGACUUUUUUUGGUCGUGAAGUUGAGACUGAAGAAGAAGAUUGGAAAUGCAAGUACGUUAUAUACCUGGACUUGUACGCUGAUCUUUACCAUCGAUGGAAUGGUUGCACUGAUCCAAGUGAACUGACUGUUCGAUUUAAUCAGAUGAAAAAAAUUGACGAGCAGUUGAAGAUCAUGGAAAGGGAAAACUCAAUUUCUGCAAGCUGGCAAAAUACAGACUCAGAGUACGAAAAUGCAAAACGCGAGGUUGCGUCUAGGAAAGAAAAACGUGUUUUGUCUCGAAUGAGGAAAAAUGUUGUUGAAAGAUGGUUUCUCCUAAACCUUAAGUCUAAAUACUGUGAUGGUCAAGCGUUGGCAUCCAGACUUUUGAAGCAAACUACUCGAGUAACAAAGGAUGUCAAUAAAGAUAUCACAGCUUAUAACGAGGCAAAACAAUCACAUUCUAAUCAUUCACGUACCGCGUUAACAUUUGAUGCUGUUAAAGAUCCUGACAAUGAUUUUUUGGUGUGA